CAUUUCAGGUGGUUCUAAUUGUUGAUACUAUGGCCCUAAAGAUUAGAUCAAUUAUUUACUCAUUGGUGUAACUGAACAAUGUAUGUUCAAACCUCACAAAAUUAAUUUAUCAUCUAUGUUUGUUGAACGUGAAGCAGAAAGUCACCAAUUGUUUCAUACAACUUUAACUCGACGCAAGGAGUGUUCCAGAGUAGGAUGCCCCAUUGUUGUGUAUUAAAGAUCUCGCCUUUAUAUUGAUAGUUAUUUUACUCGUUACUUUAUAGUAUUAUUUUGAAUUAUCUGUGAAAACUUCUCUUGUCACCUGCGAAGAGGCGUCAGUCAUUUAUGAUCGACAUAUUUAAAAUAUGUAAUUCUAUGAUUUCCUCGUAUCCCAGUAGAUAAAUGGGGAAAUGAUUUCCUUCUUUGUGACCGAUCGAUUUAUCAAUGAUCACAUUAACUGCGGUCGGUAUGCGCCUCCGAGUCCCAGGAAGAUUUCAGGUGUUGCUAGUUCAAAAAACCGGCGGAAGUGAGAGGGCUACGUUCCCAACUACAUCAGUGCUGACGUACGUACGUACUCUAUCAGUUUAACUAUAUGAUGCCGACGUACGGUAUACUGUGCCACUGGCAUAAUUGCUGCAAGCACUGAGCUUCGAGAGAAAAUCAAUGCUCUAUGUUGGCAACCCUUGACCGCAAAAUUAGUGCUACCGUUGAUGUUCGACGAUGGACAGAGAUAGGAGAUGGCAGAUGAUGCAUGCGGGAUUCCCAUGUUUCUUAUAUCAGAACUGGAACUGUGAUGAAUGAUUGAUGGUUCGGAGUAUGACAUUGAAUCAUUAUGUUUGGUUCGAGAUUGCAAGAACGGCAGUAUGGCCGUAGCAGCCGAAGCGACGUCGUCAGGAGCGACAUCGAUAGCAGCGCGUACAUUCUUGGAGAAAAGAGAGAGAGAUACAUUGGGAUCUACGAUCGAUGGACAUCAAAAUAUCCCAAUGUUUCGCAGUUGCCAAUCAUUUCUCAACUGCGCUGCGCAGGACUUACAUUGCAUCACACACUUCGUUCACAAUUUCCUUCAUGUUUCAGGUACCUGGGGAUGCUGCCACCAUAGCUGCCGUUUGCCCGGACUCCCCCUGUUACUCGGGGGGAGUCCACUGACCCGUCCCCUGGGACUGCGCGGCCUCCCACCGCCCCCGGGGUCCCAG